AUGGAUUUGAACGUGGACGAGGAUAUAAGAACUAUUUGGUGUGGAAAUUUAAGCACCAGAAUUACGGAAGAAAUACUAUAUGAAUUAUUUUUGCAGGUUUGUAGAUUCAUGUAUCUGCGUAAACAAAUUUUCUCAAUAAUAUUUAUUAAUCUUAAUAUGUUAGUAAGUGGAAAAAUACAUCCAAAGCAUUUGCGAUAAUUUUAUAUUGAACAUUGGUUUCAUGUGCGCUUCUUUGUACAUGAUUUAAUGGCAAUUUGGUUAUAUAUUUCAGUUGUACUUUCAACUGCGAAAAUGAAUGAACCUAUAAUGUUGCAUAGUUUAUUUUAAAAUUUUAUCCUUCACAAAAAUAUUUUCAAAAAUCUUUUAUAAAAAUAUGUUAUAGGGUGGGCCUAUACAAAGAGUUACUAUUCCUAAAGAUCGUGAUGGCAAGCAAAGGUCAUAUGGAUUCAUAACAUACAAACAUAUUAGUUCUGUAUUGUAUGCUUUAGAGCUGUUCGAUGGUACAUCUCUAUUUAAUCGUACUCUUAACAUGAGAGCAAGAAGAAACAUAGAAUUACAACAAACUAAUUCACAAGAUACAAAUCAAAUCCAUCAUGCGAAUUCCAAUGAAUGGCUUAUAUUAGGUCAAGAAAUAUUAUUAGGAAAUGAUAUGCCUCGUUUAGGAAGAAACUCAUUUAUUUCAAAUAUGAUAUGUGGUGCACCUUUGAAAUACUCGGAUUAUGUUUCUUCUAGCAAUGACAAAGAUGAUAGAAGAUCUAGACGGAUGCAUCCUUAUCAUAGAGAGAGAGAUCAACAUAAAAGUACUAGUCAUCAUAGAGAUCACAAUUCUUCUAGAAAUUACCACUCUAGAUAUAAACAUAGAUAA